AUGUCCAGCCCCUCACUCUCGGCCGCCGCGGGCGCUUCUGCCACCACCGACUCCGCCCGCCGCGAGCCCACCGCCUCUUCGAGCACAGCCUCUGACCUAGAGAGGCUCAUCAUGAAGGCCGUCGGCGAAGCCACCAAGAAAGCGGAGGAGAAGGCAGAGCAAUGCCACAAGGACAUGCAGACCCUCAUCGAGAACCAGGCCCAGCGCAUCGACCUCCUGCAGUACGUCAUCAAAGGCGAGGACAGCAACGACUAUGACCCGAACGAUCCCACUCGACUGCAGCUUCAGCGUCGCCGCCAGGAAGCAGAGGAGGCCGCCACGCGAGCAGCCAGGCAGACAUUCAUCCAGAACUUCGUCAACAGCGGCCUGCCGAAGAGCGAGGCCGAGCAGCAAGCCAACGCUAUCUUCUUGCCAAAGCUCGAAACACCGCUCAAGGGCCUCGGUCUAAGCACGUCAGUCCUGCCCACUACUGGCCAGCCUUCGGGAUCCAACGUCGUGCUGCCGAUGCCACCCAUGGCCUCGUCCCCCGCGUCGAGCAUUUGCGGCCGCAUCACGCUAAAGGUCGACGACGUCGGCACCAUCAACGGCGAUGUGACCAAGGUGCACCGCUUUACCAGUCGCAUCCAGUCACUCAUCGACAGCCGCAAGAGGGACAGCGAAUUCGAGCGGGCCGUGCUCGAUCUGCUGCCUCUAUGCAUGCGCGACUCGGCCGACGAAUGGUACUACGCCCUCCUGAUCGAGACACGCAACGCCAUGACAGACAGUUGGGCCGUGUUCAAGCGGAAUCUACUGUCCAACUUUGUGGCCGACCUCACGAAGACAAUGGAGGACGCCGACGCACGCCGAUGGGAUCCGGACACAGAGACGGCCGACUCAUACCAUUUGAACAAGCUGUCCAAGCUACGCGCCGCCUACCCGGAGCGCUCCGAGAGAGAGCUGUGCCUGGCCAUCAUCCGCGGUCUGCCCGGCUCUUUCCAGUCUAAGUUGCGCACUCAGAUGAUGGGCAAGCCGGCGCUGUCGCAUCUCAUUGGCAAGCUACGCCAGUAUGAGUCCAGCUGGCGAGCAGAGCAGGAGGAGAUCUCUGUCAAGAUUCGCCAGCUCCGCCGUCCGACUGGCGCGUCGCCGGGCUCGGCGUCUCCGCCCUCCCCGCCUCGCGACCUGACCGCUCGCGAUUCGUCGCAGCGCGAAUCGACGCCGUUCAGGAGGGAGACGUCCAUCAACCCGCGCGCGUCGUUGUCUCAGUCGUACAACCCUGACAACGUUUCCUACGUCGAGAAGGACGGUCGCCGUGUCCGCGCGUACCGCAUCCCCGCCACGGGCAGCCUAGUCUACCUUAAGCAUCCAUGCCGUCGCUGCGGGGCCGGCCACUUUGACUUCGAGCAUGAGUUCAAGUCGGCGUUCAAAGCGGAAACCCACUUCCACGACGGAGAAUGGUACUUUGGCGACUGGCCACUGCUAGACGCGGACAUCAACGAGCUGUCCGACACGCCGUACGAGGCCUCGACCGGCACCGUCUCCUCUCGCCACUCGAUGGAACAAAGCCCUGACCCGUCGCGGGGGGGCCUCUAG